GACGAGCAAACGUAAAAUUGUUCCUGCAAAGCGAAAGGAUGCAGAACGCUUCUCUCCUUGUCCUGCUGGCCCUUGCAGCGGCUGCCAGCUGCGAAGUAAUUGAAUGGUCCAACUUUAAGCCGGCCAACGUGCAGGUCGAGCCGAUUGUGCCAAUCACAGGUAUAUCGCCUCGCAUUGUGGGCGGUAAGGCGGCGAGCAGGGGUCAGUUUCCUUGGCAGGCGGCGCUUUUCAUCGACGGCCGCUCUUUCUGCGGCGGCUCCCUCAUUGCGCCCAACAUCAUUUUGACUGCAGCCCAUUGCACCGUUGCGGCAAGCAGAGUGACCGUGUACCUGGGAGCGCUGGACGUUUCGCAAUUUGAUGACAACUUGCGGCAGGUGUUCCUUUCGAGCGCGAUCACAAACCACCCGAGCUACAGCAGCCUGAAUCGCAACAUUGAUUUCGACAUCGCCGUCAUUCGCCUUCCAGCGCCAGCUACUUACAAUUCCUAUGUGUCUGCGGUCCGCUUGCCUGCCGAUUUGACCAACACUUACGAGAACGCAAAGGCUAAGGGCAGCGGUUGGGGCAAAAUCUCUGACGCAUCCAGCAGCAUCAGUCCAACCCUGAACUACGCCGAUUUCACGGUCAUCUCGAACGCUGCCUGCGCCAGAGUUUUCGGUCCAGCAAUAAACAACAACAAAAUCUGCGUUGCCACCACCGGAGGCAUCAGCACUUGCAAUGGUGACAGCGGCGGCCCCCUGGUGACUCAGGAUGCGCUCGGCAGGUACAUCCUCAUCGGCAUCACUUCUUUCGGCAGCGGCAGAGGAUGCUCAGUUGGCGCCCCGGCCGUUUUCACACGGGUCACCAGCUACAGAAAUACUUUCAUUUCUCAAUUUGUGUAAAAGUAUUACAUAAUUUUUGCAAUUAAUAAGGCUCCAGUAUAUUGUAAAAUGGCUUUUUUUUAAAUUAAGUAUAAUUGGUUUUAUUUAGUAAAAUAGAUACUUUUUGCUAAUUUGAUUGGAUCAGUAAAGCUAUGUUCAAGUUAAAAACAUUAAUUGAUCUGGAUGAUGUAUCUCGUUAUAGGCAGAGAUUGCCUUGUAGUACACCAUCUCAUAUGAAAAUGUUUCAUUAGGAAUAAUUAAAAUCAAUUAUCAUAAUUUAUAAAAUAAUUUAAUCAUAGAAAACAUUUUGUCAAUUUUUUUAAACUAGGAGAGAAUAUAUUAUUUAAAAAAAUGUGAUUUACUGUCUUAUUGUUAGUCAGAAGCAAUAAUUACAUUAAAAUAUCUCAAAUUGAUUCAUUUCAUAAUACUUAUAUUUAAUUAAAUAU